AUGCCCGAAUCCUCCAAUGCGCCCGAGCGCGACCAUGUCGAGUCCCCGGGUGAAGACGAGGACGAGUUCCACGAUGCGCGCUUCCCCGCAGAGGAAGAAGCCGUGAGUCUUCGUGUUCAACAGCCCAUUUAUUCAAUCCCCUCUAAUCUGGCCAACUCGCAGAAACUCCGAGAAGAGGCCCAUGCGAUCAAAGCAGAAGCCAAUAAACUCUUUAGCGCGAGAUGCUACGACCAAGCGAUAUCCUGCUACGACCGCGCCCUUGCCUCGUGCCCGAACUACCUCGACUACGAUGUCGCUGUGCUGCGGAGUAAUAUCUCAGCCUGUUAUCUGAAGCUGGACGACUGGAAGGCUGCAGUGGAUGCUGCCACCGCAUCUAUCGAGCGGCUGGAUAGGAUCUUACCACCAUCAGGGCCACCACAAGAUAAGGGAUCGGGGGGCUCAUCAGACCUGAGAGCCGAGAGGACCGACACAAAGGACUCGGAUGCUGUGGUGGAAAUAACAGGCGACGAGGAAGAAGGAGAGAAGGAGUUGCAGAGACUGCAGGAAUUGGACAAGAAAAGAGCGGACGUCUCGCGCAUCCGAGCGAAGGCGCUCAUGCGACGCGCAAAAGCCAAAUCGCAACUAGGCGGUUGGGCCAACCUGCAAGGAGCGCUAGAGGAUUAUCAAGCCUUGGCGGCCAUGGAAAAUCUCCCUCCGGAUGAAAAGCGGAUUGUCCAGCAGGCGUUGCGUGAGCUCCCGGAACGCCUCAACCAGGCGAAGGAGAAGGAAAUGGGGGAGAUGAUGUCGAAGCUGAAAGAUCUGGGUAAUGGCAUCUUGAAGCCGUUUGGUCUGUCGACGGACAACUUUAACUUCGUUCAGGAUCCGAAGACGGGUGGUUAUAACAUGAACUUUCAACAAUCCUGA